AUGAUAUUCAAUAAUGACACAAGAUAAAUAUUAUAGAAUAUAGGAAAUAAUAUUUAAAAUCCUUUAUCUUAAUUAACUUUACCUAAUUUGUAAAUUUAUCAAAAGUAAAAAGAAAAUUAAAGUCCCAUCAAAAUAUUAGUAGGAGGAAAAAAAACUGAAUUUUCAGAUUAUAAAUCAGAAGCUUAGUAGACAUUUUCAAAUAUAAAAAAGAUGACUUAAAAUGAGAAUUGUAUGUGCAACUGUUAAAGAAAGAAUCAACAAUUUAAUAAAAUAUCAGUUAAAUAAUACGAUAGAACGAAAGAAAAUUUGUUAAUAAAUAAACAUAAUGAUUAUUAUAUAAGAAAAUCAGUUACACCCGAUUAGUUUUCUGAAUAACAUUAAAAAUCUGAAAAUAUUAGCCUCAAAUACAUUAAAAACAUAAGAGAAUAUCUUUAAUCUAAAAUAUAAAUCAGUUUGCAAAACAAACUAAAAUAGUACACAUAAGAAAAUUAUAAACAAACAUCAUUAAAAGGUUCACAAAAGUAAAAUUUAAAAGCUAAACAUUUGAAUUAAAUUUGUUUUAAUAAUAGUUGUAUUAAUUUAAAGCAAAUUUUUGAUAGUUAAAGCUUUGAAUUGAGAUAAAAAUUUUUAGAAUAACAAUAAUAGAUGAUUGAGGAAAAAAUUUAAGUAGUAUAAUAAAAAGAAUUUUCUAAGAAAAAUUUAAGUAGCUCUUUUGAAUAGCUCAAGCGAACACCAUAAAAAAGAAAAAUAAAUUUUAAUUUAGAUGGCAAAUCAUUUUAAGAAACGAACAAUAUUUUAUACUAAUAAAAAAAAUCUAUUAAUUAUUCAAAUUUCAUAAGUUGUUAAAUUAUAAAAAAUAAAGAACAAAACAGUACUGAAAUUUAGAUUGAAGAUAAUUUAGUUUCUCUAUAAAAUGAUAAAUUUGAUUAAUAUAUUUUUAAUGAAUCAGAAGAUAAAAAAUCAUCUGAUGAGAACUUCUAAGGUAUGUAUUUAACAAUAAACCUAGGGUAUAUACCAUAGGCUUAAAAUUAAUUGAUACUUAGUCCUGAAAAGAAUUCAUCUUUUUCUUAAUCUAGUAAAGUAAAUCGUUAUUUGAAAUUAAUUUAAUCUUUUAAAAGUUUUCAUAUAAAUUAAACUCAACUAAAGAGUGAAAUUGAACUUAAAGAAUCGAUUAAAGUCAAUGAUUUAAAUCAUAUUAGUGAAUUUUCUAUAUUUAUGGAUGACAAAUAAAAUAANAAUUAACUUUACCUAAUUUGUAAAUUUAUCAAAAGUAAAAAGAAAAUUAAAGUCCCAUCAAAAUAUUAGUAGGAGGAAAAAAAACUGAAUUUUCAGAUUAUAAAUCAGAAGCUUAGUAGACAUUUUCAAAUAUAAAAAAGAUGACUUAAAAUGAGAAUUGUAUGUGCAACUGUUAAAGAAAGAAUCAACAAUUUAAUAAAAUAUCAGUUAAAUAAUACGAUAGAACGAAAGAAAAUUUGUUAAUAAAUAAACAUAAUGAUUAUUAUAUAAGAAAAUCAGUUACACCCGAUUAGUUUUCUGAAUAACAUUAAAAAUCUGAAAAUAUUAGCCUCAAAUACAUUAAAAACAUAAGAGAAUAUCUUUAAUCUAAAAUAUAAAUCAGUUUGCAAAACAAACUAAAAUAGUACACAUAAGAAAAUUAUAAACAAACAUCAUUAAAAGGUUCACAAAAGUAAAAUUUAAAAGCUAAACAUUUGAAUUAAAUUUGUUUUAAUAAUAGUUGUAUUAAUUUAAAGCAAAUUUUUGAUAGUUAAAGCUUUGAAUUGAGAUAAAAAUUUUUAGAAUAACAAUAAUAGAUGAUUGAGGAAAAAAUUUAAGUAGUAUAAUAAAAAGAAUUUUCUAAGAAAAAUUUAAGUAGCUCUUUUGAAUAGCUCAAGCGAACACCAUAAAAAAGAAAAAUAAAUUUUAAUUUAGAUGGCAAAUCAUUUUAAGAAACGAACAAUAUUUUAUACUAAUAAAAAAAAUCUAUUAAUUAUUCAAAUUUCAUAAGUUGUUAAAUUAUAAAAAAUAAAGAACAAAACAGUACUGAAAUUUAGAUUGAAGAUAAUUUAGUUUCUCUAUAAAAUGAUAAAUUUGAUUAAUAUAUUUUUAAUGAAUCAGAAGAUAAAAAAUCAUCUGAUGAGAACUUCUAAGGUAUGUAUUUAACAAUAAACCUAGGGUAUAUACCAUAGGCUUAAAAUUAAUUGAUACUUAGUCCUGAAAAGAAUUCAUCUUUUUCUUAAUCUAGUAAAGUAAAUCGUUAUUUGAAAUUAAUUUAAUCUUUUAAAAGUUUUCAUAUAAAUUAAACUCAACUAAAGAGUGAAAUUGAACUUAAAGAAUCGAUUAAAGUCAAUGAUUUAAAUCAUAUUAGUGAAUUUUCUAUAUUUAUGGAUGACAAAUAAAAUAAUUAUUGCUGA